AUGCGGCCUUCUACGAUUACUCGUGUUGCUGGUCUAAACCGACUAUCCCUUCGUUGCAAUGGGGUUCCUCGUCGCCACUUGACUAUGCUACAUCCACCCAAGUUUGUCAACGAAAAGCCGCUUGACUAUGCAAAGAACUCACCCGAAAGAGCUGCGCUCACCAAAGCCAUUCAAAAGCUUAAGAGUGAAUUCCCUGUCACAAUUCCGAUCCAGAUUAAUGGAGCAGAGGUACAAACAAAACAAUCACGAUCCCAGCCCAAUCCUUCCAAGCACAGCGAAAUCGUCGCCCACUAUGCUUCCGCGAGUGGAGACCAAGUCGACGCUGCCAUCGAUGCCGCUCUCAAAGCCAAGCCCGCAUGGGAGGCCAUGCCCUUCGAAGACCGCGCCGCAAUCUUCCUACGUGCCUCCGAGCUAGUUACUGGAAAAUAUCGCGCCGAGAUAGUUGCUGCCACAAUGCUUGGACAAGGCAAGAACAUCUGGCAGGCAGAGAUCGAUGCGGCAGCCGAGACAGCGGAUUUCUUCCGCCACUAUAUUCACGAGGCAUGGGCGCUAUUCUCUCAGCAGCCGAAGAUCCAAACAGAAGGGGUUUGGAACAAGAUGGAAUAUCGUCCAUUGGAAGGCUUUACAUACGCCAUUGCUCCUUUCAACUUCACUGCACUUGGAGCUACCCUUAUCGGACCGGCUGCGUUGCUUGGAAAUGUCGUUAUUUGGAAGCCCUCUGAUUCGGCUCUCCACGCUAGCUGGUUACUUCACAAGAUUCUGCUUGAAGCAGGUUUACCAAAGGAUGUGAUCCAGUUCAUUCCUGGUGAUGCUGAGGAGGUCACCAAUGUCAUUUUAAAAAGACCGGAGUUCAGUGCUUUGACCUUCAUUGGAUCAACGGCUACCUUCAAGGGCAUCCAGAAGAAGAUCGGUGAUGGUAUCGGUGAAGGAAUUUAUAACUCAUACCCUCGCGUUGUCGGCGAGACCGGCGGCAAGAAUUGGGGCAUUGUUCACCCCACCGCAGAUGUGAGGAGCGCUGCUCUAAACACCAUCCGGGCAGCCUUUGAAUACCAAGGACAAAAGUGCUCUGCCAACUCCCGUGUCUACGUAGCGGAGUCUGUUUGGCCUGAAUUCAAGAAAGUCUUGACCGAGCAGACUCAGGCCUUGAAGAUGGGCAACGUGGAAGAUUACAGUAACUUCAUCAACCCAGUCAUCCACGAGAGGUCCUUUGACAAGCUCCAGAAGGUCAUCGAGGACGCAAAAGCUGACUCAGAGCUUGAACUGAUUGUUGGUGGCAAGGCCUCCAAGGAUGAAGGUUACUACGUGCAGCCCACUGUAUACCGGACCUCCAACCCGCAUCACGAAAUUAUGUCAAAGGAACUCUUUGGGCCGAUUUUGUGUGCCUACGUAUAUCCUGAUGCUGAGUGGGAGCAAACCCUCAAAUUGGUGGAUACCACAUCCCGUUAUGCUCUCACUGGAAGCAUUUUUGCCAAAGAUCCUUACGCAAGCCGCCAGGGACAGAAGGCUUUGAAGCACGCUGCUGGUAUGUUGUAUCUCAACACCAAGUGUACUGGAGCUACUGUGGCACAGCAGCCAUUCGGCGGUAGCCGUGACUCAGGAACAAACGAUAAGACUGGUACUAUGGCGCACUUGCAGAGAUUUGUGAGCACGCAGACAAUAAAGGAGGAGUUUGUUCCUCUAGAGCAGGUAGAAUAUCCUUCCAAUGAGGUUUGA